UGGUCGCCUUAAGGAAUAGUCCAGAUCCGGUCUUCUGAGCAUAGAGACAUCAUGCUUUCUGCAGCACUGUUUUACCUCGUAGUUGUGAUUUGUUCUGCAACAUGGACACAUGCUCUGCCUCUGUACUCUGAGCCCAAUCUGGAGCCACGGGCAGAUUUUAUUCAGAAAUUAGUGUCAGAAGUGGAGGACGGAGCCAACCCAGCUGAAGGGGACCAGAGGGACGUGAAUGAUCUGUAUCCUCUACUGAUGCAUCAUAACGGAGGGAGAGACUCCUGGAAUAAAGGGGCAAAAGAUUCACCUCAACAGGACAAGUUCGCAAACAUGGUGGAGGAUCUGAAGGAGGUUGUCCUGAAGCUGGCGGCGGCCGACAAGCUUCGCUCUCAGGGUUUUCUCAGAUCAGAGCAGAACCUGCCAAAAACCAACAAAAGAGCGUGCUUCUGGAAAUACUGUGUGACCAACUAGAGCACAGCGGCCGGACGUUUGCUGUGAUCCCGGUCAGACACACCCUCCCUGUCCAUCGAGCAUGUUUAUCGUCCUCACUGGAUCAACAGAAGAUAUAUUUUUGAAGCUGUAAAAGGGUCUUUUUUUGUGGCUGAAAAUAAACUUGAAUGUCAGAAAAUGCCA